AUGGUUAAGACCGGUGUCAUCACCGAUAUAUACUCGACAAUGGGUUCAAUUCGACGGUCAAAGACUAAGCGUCGCACCAGGGACUACGACCAAGUCGUGGCUGAUUUGCGCUCACGCAAGCACCUCACCCAGUACCACAGUACAAAGGACGUUGAGGACCUUCCAGGUCUGGGGAAGCAUUACUGUGUCGAGUGCGCCAAAUGGUUUGAGAGCGAAUAUAACCUCGUCGCUCAUACGAAGGGAAAGAACCAUAAGCGAAGACUCCGAAUGCUCCGUCAUGAGCCUCAUACACAGAAGACUGCAGAGGCCGCCGUUGGCCUUGGGGUAGACAAUGGCCCGAGGACAACCGAUAGCAGCAUUGCCAUGGAGAUUGAGACCGGCGUGUGA